AGCUGGGAUGGAAGAAAUAUUUACUGGGCGUUUGCCUGUGGAAGGAUAUUCUGGAUGUUUAUCAAGUAUCCAGCAGUGACGACAAUUGUGUGAAACGAGACGGAUGUCGAACUGUUCUUUGUUAAUAAAACUUAUAUAAAAGUAUGCCAAAUAAAAUUUUUCUAGCAGUGUGUGAUUUAUCUGAUAUCGAGGAAGUUAAUAAACGCUUAGUUGUUGCUUCCAAGACAAUGCGAGCCCGUUAUUAUUGUAAGGACGAGCGUAAUCAUCGGAUCUAUCCUUCCGAGAUAAAUUGAGUGCGAAACCGACGAUGUGUUCAGUUAAAUACUGGAAAGGUAUAUAUAAUGACAUCAGUUGUGAAGUGCGUAAUUGAGUAGGUUGUAGAAAACAUUAAACUAUGAGGUUAAGAGAAUGUAAAUGGAUAUUUUCAAUUGCGGACGACAUUUCAAGUUGGAUGUUUCAGAGUAAACCAAUUUUAAGAUUCACCUUCAAAAAUUGAUAUAUUUUAAGUUGCUCAAACAAACAACAGGAAUAGAAAUAAAGAGUAAAUGUGAAUGCUGUAUUCAAUGAAUGUUCCACAGUCCAAAGUACAGAGUCCAGGAUUUCCCAAUCAAGAUCAAGAGGAACAAUAUUCCGACGUUAAUAUGGGUGAUUAUUACUUCGAUGACGUUCUGCAAAUGAUAAACAACAUGACAAUUCAAUAUCCACAUCUCUUAAAUAUCACGAACAUGACUUUUAGGGAUGAAAACCUGAAUGCCACAUACGAUUACAAUGAUAACUCGAUGCAUUAUAAUAACAUUUGUCAUUACGAUAUGCAAAGUCUAACAGAGAGUAUUCCAGGUUACAAACUCUGUAUGCAUAUUUUGAUGCCUAUUAUAUGUAUAUUUGGUAUCAUCGGUAUUAUUCUGACAAUAAUUGUCCUGAGUCACAAAAGCAUGUCGACCUCGACAAACAAUUACCUUAUUUCUCUGGCAGUGGCUGACAUGUUGUUCUUAAUUGUGAUGAGCGUGCGUAUCUUCGAUACAAGGCUUGGACGUGUGGGACAUCUCUAUUACCUGGUGAUAAUGGCAUACGGGAACAUCCUCAUAGCCGUUUUCCUGUUGGCCUCUGUUUGGCUGACCGUUAUGUUAACAGUGGAACGAUACAUUGCUAUUUGUCAUCCUCUGCGAGCAAUAACACGGUGUACCGUUGUACGUGCCAGGAUUAUCAUUAUAUGCAUCAUCUCGAUUGCAACUCUGUAUCAUAUCGUGGAAAUAUUUAGAUACGAAAUUCAGUUUUACUGGAACCCUUGCGUACAAAAGGAGGUGCCUGAAAUAGUAAUGACAACGGUAGGGCUAAAUCAAGAGUUUCGAAAAGUUUACAGCUGGUUGAACUGUUUUCUACUCGCCAUUGCCCCAAUUACCUUGGUUGUUGUUUUUAACAUAUUACUGAUUCUAGAAAUCCACCGUUCAACCAAGUACUUGCGUUACCAUUUGGCGAACGACUCUAAUGUACAGACCAUCAUUUCGUGUGAGGAAAAGAGGAUUACUGUGAUGCUUAUUUGGGUUGUGAUUGUGUCCGGCGUGUGUCAAGGACCAUACAUUCUUCUAACUAUGUUUAAGGGACUCUUUCCAAACGUUAUAUUUUCGCACUUUAACACAAUGACCUAUGUAACCGUAUUGUUUCUAGUCCUAAGGUCUUCUUUCAACUUCAUUAUAUACUGUUGGUUCAGCGAAAAGUUUCGGAACACAUUCAAGCGUAUUUUUUAUGUAGACAAGUGCAAGCCAAUCAAAUGGAACAAUAGUGAUCAUGCACACAUUAAUAACAACCGUAAGAUCUCUGUUAUCCACACCAAGGAAACAACUUGUUAGAACUAUGAUCAUGUUUACUGCACGUAAGACAAGGUGUUAUGAUAUAAGACUUUAAUAUGGAUCAUUCUCAUUUUCUUAAAACAGUAUGACAUUGCUAUUUGAGGAUUACAAUAACAUUUUAAAGAAGAGUUACUUCUUGACAUUUAGUUAUACUUGUUAAAACAUGAUUAUUUAUGUGUUUAACUACAUACAAUAAUCCAGUAUAAUUUACAUUAUCAGUACGUUUACUUUAUAGAACUACUGUGCAUGUCAUAUUGUUUGGAAUGAAGAGGUUACCAAUAUUUCGUUUUGGUAGUAUUCAACAAUUGUUUGGUAGUAAUACUUAUUGUUCUUUUAUGUUGAUAUUGGGCUAUUCAUUUUAGAUUUGUUUCGGUUAAAUAAGAAUUUGCUUUUUGUUAAUAUAGCCAAUAUAUGCUUAAUUUUAUACUCUUCCACUCCAUAAUAACUACUAUAUACACAUAUUUCAACCUUUCUAAAACAAUAUAGCUACUUAUGGCAGCUUCGUCGGUUCCAUUAUGCAAUUUUAAUGUACACGGUAUAUAAUAAGUGUAAUAUUUCUGAACGUUUUUUUUUAAAUUUCUACAAACAUCAUUGUACUUAUUUCAUACAAUGCACUAACCAUAAAUGGACCUAAAUUUCUUUGAUGUAAGAGAGUUAUUUCACAAUACGAACUACACAUCUGUAUUCAAUUUAUGUGCGAAAAGGCAAGCAAAACAGAAGUGCCUAUUUUUUAAUAUAGGCAAUACAUAUUUUAGUAUUCAAAUGGAGAAUCUCCAUCCGGCGCGGUUUACAAUAUGAAAAAUAGAAGAAGUUUAGUCCGCUAUCUUGACGAUCUGCAAAUAUUGUUAAGGUUAUGUUAAACAAAUAUCAAAUGCUACAAAACCCAUGUUUGCAGAUAAUAAUAUAUGUUACUAUUAGCGCAUGUUAUUAUACUAUGAAACUAGUGUCAAGAAAACCUAUUUGCAUCAUGUUCAUCGUGAAAAACACAGUAUAAAUAGUUGAGAUGUCUUAAUCAUAUCCGUAAAUUACAAUAUUACAAAUGUCAUGUCCACCACGUUGGAAAUUAUAUUGAAACAGUUUUGAAUAUUUAAAGGCUACAGACCGGAAAUGAUUGGAUAAAGGUACAGUCCAUCGGUUCAUGCAUGAAUAACAUCAGUUUAAUCAAAAAUAUAUGUAACCAAUAGGACAAUAGGAAGCAGUAUUCAUAUUGAAUUAUACACGCAAUGGUAUAUAGCUAUACUCUUUCUAUUUCACUGUAAAUAGUUUGUGAUAAUUGUUAAGUAUAAUAAUAGCGUACACGGCUUUAUUAUAAUAUUUUUGAGCGAACAAUAUGUAACGCAACCCGAUUAAGCUGUGUGCAAAUGUUACAUUUCUGCUGAUUGACUCAAUAAUGUUAGGACAUCGCUUCCCUAAGCCUUGAUGGCGUGGGGCAUUUGUGGGACACCGGUGCAUAUUACUACGUCCCGUACUGAAUCAAUCCACUCCACUGUGGUAUGAAAUGAUAAAUCGGCGUUCGUGUUGCAACGUUAGCAUUGCUCAAGGGCAUUCUGUCGUGUAUCAAUACCCUGACCUUUUGAAAAUACACUUCAGCUCGUAACCAUUAUACAAUCUCACGAUGUCAUACGUGUCAUGCAUAAGUGUAAGACUGACACAACACAUGCAUUGUGUAUACACAAGCAAAUGAAAACUACACGUUUCAAAGUGUUAAAGUGUUUUAACAAAUAAUAUUGAUAUUUCUUUUUAUAUAUUUUUUUCACAAACGUUACUGUAGGUGUCAGAAGAAAAAAAUUCCACGUUGGCCAACGGUGGUGUCUACCGCGGCAUUUUGUUAAAACUUUAUGAAAAUAUCCGUGCGCUCUUAAGGAUCGCUACCGCGAAACCUCGUGUUUUCCGAAGCUUCAGAUCGGGAAGUGACAAGUGGCUACGAGCCAUUUUAAUUUUGAAAUUGAAUAAUCAAUCGUUUACAGCAAAAUGUAAAGCAUUCAUUCUUAACAUGUUAAUUAACGCAUUCUCUGCGAGUAUAGUUGUUCUUGCCAUUAAACGCAGCCCGGAUAAUUCUCUCAAUUACUGUGGCGGACGGUGGGCAAAGUAAGUCGCUGAACAAUUAAAGGGCAAUCAGUAACUUUAUUUGUCAUUGACUCAGUAUUCGACUAAUUAUUCGACUGUUUUGUUGCAGCAAGUUAAGCAUUAACCAUACCUCAAAUUUGCUAAGCCUUAUGGAAUAACAAAAGUAUUUACAGAGUGAAUGACAUAGAGGCGAUGAUGAUAUUAUUAUGGUCUUUAACAUGUUAAUUUUAUACGCAUUUUAUAUUGUACGUUAUACAGAGGGGGUAAUCACGUGACAGACAAGAUGACGACGUCCAUGCCGAUGCAGGUAUUUUUCGUCGUUUCAUACCCUUUAUUACUUGUAUUAUUAUUUUUUAUUCCGCUUACUUUCCAGCCAUAUUAGGAAGAAAGUUACUGGCUUUUAUUUCAUAGUAAUAUUCGCUGUAUAUCUCGACUUUAAUCGGUGCGAAAUUUCUUAGCGGGAUGACCUAAUUAGGGCUCCACUAAGAAAAUUUGCGUUGCGUAGAGUCGAGAUAUAAAGCGAAGUUAAAUACGAAAUAAACGCUUAUCACCUUUUUACUGAUAUGGCUGAAAAGUGAGCGUCAUUUAAAAAAUAAACAGAAGUAAUAAAGGGUAUAAAACGGCGAAAAAUAACUGUCUCGGUAUGGACGUCGCCAUCUUGACUAUCCUGUGAUUACGCCCUCUGUGUAACUAUCAUUACUAUUGAGAUGCUUCUGAGAUACUUCUGCUGUUCAACAGUACUGUAGAAGAUAUGAUUUAUUAUACUGGAAAGCUAUGAUAUGAUAAUAAUAUGAAAGAAAUAUGUACAGCGGUGCUCCAUUUUGCACAAAAUUCUGAAAUACACAUUACAAGAACAAUGCUCAGUACUUGUAGCGGUACACACACACUGCCAAAUUUCAUUUAAUAAUGGGAUAGUUUAAGAGAAAACAUAUACAGUAUCCGAAGAACAAUUUGGGACUGAAAAGAUAAUUUACAUAAUCAAUAUUUAAGUUAAAACAUAUCUCACCAAGGAAGUAAAUGUCUGCCAUUGAGGAAUUUUGAAAAUUGUAAAAUGAUAACGAUACGAUAUUAGAAUAUUACAAAAUAUUUCAAUAGUAUAAUACACGCCAAUUUGUAUUGAGAUAUUUGGUUUAUCUAUAAUUGAUGGCGCUCUGAUUGUGUUCUUAUAAGUUUUAAUGUUAAAUGCUUUUUGUAUUUGCGACGUACUUUAACAUAUUUCAUACUUAUUAUAUCGUUGUUAUCAUCAAGUUAUAGUAUUUAUAUAACGCAAAUAAAGUUUGUUCAUGUUGCCUGUUUCUUGUAUUUAUUAUUCAUGCAGCAUAGUGUAUUGUUUUCGCUCACUUAAUUAUGUCGUGAAAACAAUUCAUUCAUGCAUUUCUGAUGAUAAAGCAAACAAUGUGUCCUGUUUAUUAAAUACUUUGAUACUUAAAAUAUAUUUUUUUUACAGUCAUUUUAUAAAAACGUUUCGUCGAAUCAAUAUUAUUAAUGUUCGGCUUAAAUGACUAUUUCUGAUAUACUUUAACAUAAUACAAUUCGUUUUGGAUAUCAAUGUAUGAAUAUCCAAACAAGAUAUAUAAUCGGCCAUUUCACACAAUGCGGUAUGGCGUUUUCCGCUUAUACAUUACGAUAAUCAGGAAUGUGUACUACGCAUAUGAUAUUUUUAUUUCUUACAUCGUGUAAACAAGAAGGAAUUAAGUUAAAACUUGCAAUCACUUCCUUAGGAAGUUCUUACGCUGUUGCUAUGACGUAUAUUAACUUUUAAUGAAUCAAAUUGCAACUGGAAUGUAUAUUUUCGUUUAUGGCUUUUCAUGUAAAUGCAAUUAUAUUGUUUUUAUAUAAUUUGAUUUUCGAUUUUGGCCGAAAUAUUUUGUUCGGCGCGCCCCAGAUUUUGUGUGGAAUGUUUGGAGGCGGAUUUUCUAGCUUUAAUCAUAUUAUGUGUAAUGUUGUUUUAUAUAUUUUGCCGUGUAUUCCUUAUGUACUUUUCAA